AUGGAAUUCUUAGAAGAUAACGAUCCAAUGAUGCUGAAUGCUCAAUUUGAGCCAAUUCCAGAAGAGAAUAAUAAGUACGAGUCCAGACUUCAGUCAAGAAACUCCUUGGGCGAGCGUAAUCUAGGCAUUCCUAAUUUGAAUAAUGCCACUACUACUGGAGCUGGGGGAAGUCUUUCACCUCACAAGGUCUAAUCAAGACAUUCAUCCAAUAGAUCAGUAACUGCAAGUGCUCAUCAAAAGCCAAAUGAGGUAGGCAAGUACUCAGGCGAGGAAGACAACAUUAUCUGUGGUAGGUUUCCCCAUAUGGACGUGUGUGCUUGUGACAUCUAAUGCUCAAUCGCCUUAAGAGAAAUAAAUCUGUUUGAAGUAUAUCCCGGCAUUCUUAUGGGACCAUACCAAGCUGGGUUCAAGACUAAAUAACUUAUCGAUAUGGGCGUGACUCAUAUCUUGAAUGUCACUUGCAGAGAGUACAUGAAGAGAAGAAGGUAUUUCAAGUACCUUGACAUCCAGAUCUUUGAUAACCACAGCGAAGAUGCUAAGAAGCACUUCAGAAUAACCAAUAGAUUUAUUGACGAAGCAAGGAAAUCACCUGCAUAAGGCAAAGUUUUAGUUCACUCGGUGCAGGGAAAGAGCAGAGCUGCUACCUUCAUAUUAGCUUAUCUAAUAGGCAAAGAGAAAAUGAAACUUAAGGAUGGAUUGACUCUAUUGAGAUAGUAUGUAACAGAGGUCGAGCCCAACGAAACCUUCAUGCACUAGUUAGCUGAAUACGACCUUGAGAUUCUUUCAAAGUAUUGA